UACACUUGGGCCAAGGGCUGUGGUGGCCUCACUCCAGCCUGCCCCCAGCCCUGCAGGCAGCAGCCAUGUUCACAGUGCAAUCCGGCUUGUCAGGCUGCCUGGGGGGGGGUCUCAGGCACACAGAAAUCUUGCUGUGAGGAGAGGAGAGAAACACAGAAGGAAAGAGGGAGACGCCCAAGCUCUUGGUGUGCCACUGCUGAAGUACUUCUCGUUUCAGUUUCCACAGAGAGUGGCAUUCCCUUCCCCCCAGUUGUGUGGGGAAGCCUGGGUGCUCGCGGCUGUGGCUGAGCACUGAUGUCCACACUACAGCCAGGGAAGCAUGUGGAAGGGAGUGCUGGACACCGAACCCUCCUUCCUCCCAGAGGCCUUUGAAUGGCACCAUCAGCUGCCUCCAGGCCUGCCAUGGUGUGGGGCUGGGGCCCCAAAUUUGUAGCACCCUCACCCUGUGUCCAAGCCUGGUACACAGGCAGCGUGGGAUGGCCCUCAUCACAAGACUGACUGUGAGGAGGCAGCUCCCAGGCACCAUGAAGAGACAGAGAGGGAUCUGACAUCCUCAUUAAGUCUGGGAAAAAAGAGAUGCCCUCAGGCUUGAAUCUUGGAUAAUUACCAUGAUGUCCAGUGAGAUAAAAUGUGGAACUGCAAUAUUUAGCACUGUUUAUUUCAAAGCAACCUCUGUAACAUAACCUCUGCUCUGUACUCUAGAGAAGGAUGGUUUUAUGAUUCCCUUUAGACCAAUGUCUCAGACCUCAGCUUCUCCAACUCAUGCUCCCUGUCUGCUCUGCUCUGUUGGGGUAUCUGGCCUGAGGAACUCCCUCAUGCCUCCUGGUCACUCGGGUGGCUGUUCCUCUUGCCAUGCUUCCACCUGAUUCAUGAAUCCUUCCUUUCCCAGUUCUCUCUCCAUUUCUUUUUUUUUUUCUCCUCUUCGAAUGCCAAGGGAAGGAGUUUUUAAUAGCUGAAGAACAAAAACACCUCCCACAUCUUACCUCAAAAAAGCUAACUCUCUGUCUUACUCACUCAUUUUGAUUUCCAAACCUCUUCUGCUAGUUCAGAGUCUGCCUUUGAAGCUUCAGUUCCUCAAUUACUAGCAUAAAAAGCUGCACCCGUUGACAUUAAUCAACGCUUGUUGAGUGUUUAUGGAGGUCAAACAGUGGAUAUGAGCACAGAGAGGUGGUGUGUGAUACAUUUCAGCAGCAGCAACACCAGCUUGAAAGACAAGCAACAUUCCAGAUGUCCAUGCCCAGCUGUCACACCAUGGAAUGAAGAACAUCUCGAUCAGCUCAUCUGCGCAAACCGGAUGGUAACUAUGUUGAAAAGUAGUGUUUUGUAACUGUGAAUUUGCUCUAUCAAAUAGCAUGACUGUGUUCUUUGUAUCUGUUGUAGUUCCCAUAGAAAUAAAUAGGAGACAUUACUUUCAGAGCAACCUUACAAAAAAACUCAAGAGUAGGAUUGAAGGUCUUCAGGGUGUCUGGGUCAUGCUGGUGCAGGUGAAUUGACUGGGUAUUCUUGCAGAUUUCCUCUAGCUCUCCAUAUCCUGAUUCACCAUACUGCAAUAAAAAAAAAGAACAGUGUCUCUUUCCCACCAACUUUAUGUUGAUUCCAGCAUCAAUAAGGAUCAGCUGUGCUGUAGAAGUGUGUCCGUGGGAAUGACUGUGAAGACCCAACUUUAUGGUGUAGGGAAACAAGCUAUUUUUGAACUAUCAGUCUAGCUGUUGCAAAGUGGAAUUCAGCACAGCUUAAUUUACCCCAUUUCUGGACGGAGGUUUGUAUCCUGCGUUGCAUUCCAUUUUGCUGGAGCAGAAUUGUUAGCAACACCCAACUAAAACAUGCACCAAAUGUUUACUCCCCAUCACUGCCACUGCUUUGACUGCAGUGUAAACGCACCACUAAUGACUUGGCCAAUAAGAGGGGAAAAUCAUGUGUCAGAGCCAAGUACAGAACUAGGAAUUUCGGCUGCCAGCCAGCUCAUUAGAUCACACUGUGUGCCUCUAAUGAAAUGCAUUGAUUUGUGACUCCUACAAUAGCAUUUUUAGGAAAUCAUUUCACUGGCUAUUUAUUUCUGUCUUGGAACAGACUGAUGAGGUGGGAAAACUGAAGCAGACUCACACUGAUUACAAAUCAAGAACAAAGUUUUAAGAAUGAGGCUAACUAACCAUUGGAACAACUUUUCUGAGGAUGUAAUGGGUUUUCCAUCAUAUCCUAUUGCAUAGUCAAUACUACUUAGCUAUAUAAAAUAUGCACUAUAGCUCCAGCAGAAGCUCUGUUUUUCUCUAGAAAUGAUUGAAUUCUUUGGUUUCUGUUACACAAGAGAUCAGACUGUGGUGUUGUAGCAGUCCCUCUUGAUGACAAAAAUCCAUGAGCCUGUGACAGCCGUUGAGUUUGAGUGUUUCUGAUCUUGUGCAGAAGCAAACUGAGAUCCCAUAACCAGUAGAUUUAAAACUGGCAAAAAAUAAAGAUCAUAAAGGGAUUACCAAAUUGUAAAGACGUACUCUGCAGAAGUGGACGCCGAUUCUUACAGUGACACAAAGUACUGUGAUGAAUUAGAAAGCUCAGAAGGCCAAUGAAACUACAAACUCGCUAUGUUUCAAAGCAUCUGGUAACAUCUCACAGAACGUCUUGACCGUCAAAAAGAAAGAAAGAAGUGAGGUGAGACCGUGUUCAUCUUGCACUUCACUGGGUGCCUCAGAAGAGCUGAUGGUGAUAGUGAGCAGUUGAUAAGAUGGAGCUGUUGAAGAUGUUGCCGUGGCGUCGUGCUUUCCUGGCAGUCAUCCUGAACCUGCUGUCACUCAGCCUCUCCACCACCGCCUUGCUCAGCAGCUACUGGUGCACUGGGACCCAGAAAGUGCCCAAGCCUUUGUGUGGGAAGAGCAAAGACUCCAAGUGCAUAGGUGUCCCCAUGACACCUGAUGCAACUGCUAGCAAUGCUACAGCCCAGGAGGAGGUGCACUACAGCUGGGAGACUGGGGAUGACCGCUUUUCCUUCAGAUACUUCCACACGGGGAUGUGGCUUUCCUGUGAAGAGAGCAUGGAAGGGCCAGAGGAGAAAUGCCGUAGCUUUAUUGAGCUUUCUCCACCAGCAGAGAGAGGAAUCCUGUGGCUGUCACUGGGGUCAGAGAUGCUGUACAUCAGCCUCCUGCUCAUCAGCUUCAUCCUCCUGAUGGUGGAAAUGCUGCACACUGGCAAUCCUGUCUGUGGACUGAAGCUCAAUGCCUUUGCUGCUGUCUCCUCAGUGCUGUCAGGUCUUCUUGGGAUGGUGGCACACAUGAUGUACAGUCAAGUCUUCCAAGCCACAGUUAAUCUGGGACCAGAAGACUGGAGACCGCACACUUGGGACUACGGCUGGGCUUUCUACAUGGCUUGGAUCUCCUUCACCUGUUGCAUGGCUUCUGCUGUCACCACUCUCAACACCUACACUAAGACAGUGCUGGAGUUCAAACGCAACCACAUCAAGGGCUAUGAUAUGAGCUUCAAGGAUCAGCCACAGCACCUCCAGUACUUCAUACAGCAGCAAAUAAGCAGCUACUAUGAGUCCCGAGACAAGCCCCUCCAUUCAGUGUCUGAGGGAGUUGACUUCUACUCUGAGCUGCAGAAGAGAGUGCUUCAGCGGGAACCAGAGCUGGACCUGGAUGAGGUCUUGGGACAGACAAUUGGGGAAGAUCAGUGUUAGGGAUGAAUGUACAGGGGUGGAACAGUGGGGUUUGGGAAGCACAAAGCUCUGAACCAAACACUAACACCACUGUUAGUAAGUUCUUGGGGAGCUCUUCCUUCCUCUGAUGUUCAGGGGGUGAGAAGAAGAAAAGUCAGGCACUGGAACAGGGCAACAGUGGUGCCAAAAGGAAGCAAGGCAGGUCUUCUCUGAUCACAGCCUGAAGGGUGUCCUCAGCUGGGAAGGAUGAAACUGGGGGUGAAUGUCAAUGGUGCCAUCUGCAUCCAAGCAUUGUCAGACAGAACUGAGGCAGGUGCCAUAAUCCCAGCAGCACUGCUCUAAGGAAAAGAUAAACAGUCCAACACAGCUGGGCCUCUCUGGUUGGAGUCACAAUGCCAUUCCAGCAGCCUCUUUUGAUCAGUGCUACGGUGUAGGGUAUAGGUGCUCAUACUGACUUGCUGUUGUCCUCCCUGAAUACCCUAUUUAUUCUUCAUUUCCAGGCCCAGGCCCAGUCUCCCGUCCCCACCCCCCAGAUUAAAAGUGCUGCUGGAGUAGAAAUGUGAGAUUGCUUUCAAACAUGUCCUCCUCUCUCUCUUACCUGUAAAGACCCCCAUAUGCACCCUCCUUGCUUUGCCCCCUCCAGCUCCCAUUCUGACACACUUUUCUGUCUGACUCUUUCUAUUCCGCUUUUCCACAUCCUUUAAGAAUCCUAGGCUGAACUUCGGCUUUUUUGUUUCUCUUCACUUACCCCUUUCCCCCUUAGUGUAAAAAUACCACCAACAGUCCCCAAAUCAAGCAAACACAUCAUCGCUCAAAGGUGAAAUGGUGGUUCACAUGAGACACACUGAUGCUGUACACAGUAUUUAUUUGCUCCACUGCAGUUCACAGUUCAAAUACAUUUUCUCAACAAUAUACAGACAGACUCUUUAUUCACAGUGGGGGCGUGUGUGUGCGGGUGGGGUGAAUUCACAGUAUGGAGGAGCUAAUGUCACUGCACUCAAAUAUAAGUUCUCUCAGGAAGAACCUCAGGAGAAUAACUACUUCAGGUAAUGAACGCCUCACCUUUCCCAGCAAGGUGGUGGCUAGACAGGAGGAAAGGUGCACUCUUGUUUAGUCUUCAUAUAUUACUGGUCCUCGCACUUUCAGUUCCUAUUAUACAGCUAUAUUAACUAACUGAAUAUUAUAAAUAACUAACCUGUCUGGAGGAAAAUCCCAGGCCUAGAGCUUUUGCUACAGUUGUGCCAAUAUAUACACAGCUAUUUACACAAAAAUACCAUUAAACAUAUACAAACUGUUCUCAGGGUUAGAUAUUAGGAAAGAAGGGCCCAAAGGCCAGCUUUGGGGCUUGCAGCUAAUCCUACACUGAAAGCUGUCCUGGAAGCUUUAUAUGGAGAUGCAGGGAA